CGAAGAAGAAUCCCACUUUGAAAUGUUGUUGUCUCAUGUGUUGAAGAAGUUAACCUGCCACCUUUAGACGUUUAUGAAACUCCCCAACUAUGAAAGACCCAGUUAACAUGCGGAGUUUUGACUUCGUAAACGUCUGAUCAGAGCUUGUAUGUAGCAUGUUGAGCUAAGUCUUUAUCUCGCGCUGUUUGCGAAUGGCUGUAGCUAGCUGUCAGUAGCUAACAGUGAUGUCCUCGUCGUGGACAGAGCGCCAGGGACAGGUGGGAGACCUGAGACACCAGAGCAAAGAGGAGCUCCAAGAACUGCUCCUGCGACAGGAGAAGAUACUCUCAAACAAGAGGUUUUUACAGAGUCUUCCUGACAAAGGGAAAAAGAUAAAAGACUUUGCAGAGAAAUUGCAGCUUGCCAUUGAACACAACGAUGAAGAGGAGAGAAGACAGGGCUUGGUGUCGGCUGCCAGGACAGAGUUACAGUCCAAGUAUCAGCAAGCUUUCACUUCUCAACAACAUGCUAUCUCCAACACACCAGCAACCUCACACGGGAAAAGUGAGGUUGCUGCACGCGAUGCAGUACAGGAAGACGAGACCUUACCUGUCUCAGCUCAUGUGCAGGAAAACAACACUUUGGACGAGCAACAGGACCAGUUUGUCUCCAGAGUGGCCGCUGCUGGUGAAACCAUGGAUGAAGCCGCUGCUGGGGCCACGCUGAACUCUGAUGAGACAAGAGAGGGUGAUCUUGUGGAGGCCUUUGAAAGGGUCAGAGUGUCUGAAAGUAGUACUGGUUUCAGUAGCGAGUCCAAAGACCCAUUAAACAGCACAGCAAGAGACAAUUACUUUCUCAGAAAGCAGAUACCAAAAAAGCCUCACUAUCUAAAUGUCCUGGAAAAAACAGAGAAGACAUCAGCGCUCAGGAAGCAAAAAUUCAAACCAAAUCAGCUGCCCCACAGAAGUGACAUCUCUCCAUCAGGAUCGUCGUCACCCAGCCAGUCUUCUAAAGGCUCAUCACCGCUCUCUGUGCAGGCCAGGAGAGAGCGGGACAGGAAACACCUGGAUGACAUCACUGCAGCGAAACUCCCUCCUCUCCACCACAGUCCAGCCCAGCUUCUGUCUCUGGAAGAGUCGGCCGUCCUUCUGAGGGGACAAACUAAGAAGCAGCAGGAGUUGCAGGCCAAGCUGGCAGCCCAGAAACUGUCUGAGGGAUUGAAGAUCUCUAUGGGGAGCUACACUCCUGACAGUGGCCCCAUGGCUGCCUACAGAGAGGUUCACGAUGAAGGAGCCCAGCUCUCCUCAGAGGAGGACUGAUCCUGGAAGGCCGGAGCUGGGGAAACCAGUGUGACCUUGGCCCUGAGGGAAACAAGCUUUGGACCUCGCAAUCAGGACCCAUCAAACAGGAUUUUCACUCCAAGGACAAGAAUUCUUAAGAGAGGAAAAGAGUCUUUGCACCGUGAGAAGGCAGAGUUGGUAUCCAGACUCAGCUCAGGAAAUUGAAUGGCAGGCAUUCAGUCAUUCAGUUCGUAUUGGGUUCAGUUGUUUCUGUGUCCUGCAGGAAUAAAAAUACCUGCUGUUGAGUUGUAGUCUUAAAUGCUAAAUUUGAAGCUUGUAUCAUGAGGGGAGUGUUACUCAUCAGUAUACUGAUGCUGUCAGGGCUAUCUCAUCCUGAGUAUUAUGCUGAAAUUUCUAUUUUAGUAUGUUCAAAAUGAUAUGCACUUAAAACUCAUCAGCAGGCAGAGCAGACUGUUUUGGCACAAAGUUAACUGUUUACAACUUUGUCUAGAGAAAUAGACAUGAGCCUGCAGAUGUGUUUGAUUUCAUUAUUAACGAAUGUGUGACAUAAUUCAAUAAAUGCUCAGAUUUCCCAAA